AUGACGGAGCUAGAGUACCCGGACACGCUCAAUUUCAACGAGUUUCUGAAGGUGUUGCAGGCCAUGAAGGCGUAUGAAUCACACUCGGAGGCCAACACGCUGUUCCAGGCGGUCAAGCUGAACUCGCGCGGCAACGCGGUGAGCCUGAACGGCCUCGAGGCGGUCGCGUACCUCUUCGCGGAGAACCUGAAGCCCGUGUACGACGCGCACGUCCAGGCGGCGGCCGAAGCCGACCACCAUCGCGGGUCCCUCGACGCCCCGCGCGGCCUCCCCGUGGCCUCCUUCCACCGCAUGAUCCUCGCGAGCUGCCUCAACGAAGAGUCCGACCUCGCCGAGCCCCCCGAGGGCGCCGAAACCUUCCUGCCCGAGCAAAUCGAGGCCGUCCUCGGCAAGUUGCCACUGCACGGGCGCGCUGGCCUGCCGCGCCCGAUGACCUUCAAGGACUUCCACCUCGCGCUGCUCUUCGUGUCCGAGGCGACUGACGUGCCCUUCCACGUCCUCGCCAGCGCGAUGCGCGACGUCGAGCCCGCGCGCGGCGGCGAGGCGGACGAACACGGCGACGCGGUGCCUGCGUUGCUGAACGACAUGGGCGCCGGCAUGCGGGGCCUGGGGCGGUCGGCGAGCAUCGGCCCGGGCGCCCUUGCGCGCACGACGUCGGGCCUGACGCGCGCGACGCCGGGUCUGGCGCGCACGGCGUCGGGCGUGUCCCGUAGUGGGCCCGCUCCGUCGCUGGCGCGUUCGCAGACGAUCGCGUCCGGGGCGAGCAGCCGGGAGAUGCUCAGGGGCGGGGGCAGCAAGCGGGACGGGCUGGCGAAGACGGGGUCGCGCAAGGGGACGAUGGGCGCGGCGGGCGGGCCGGCUGGCGGGGUGCGCGCGGCGGCGGACGAGGCUUCGGAGGCGCUGAGGGCCGUGGGGCAGAAGGUGGAGGCGAUCGAGCAAGUGCUGGCGUCGCGGACGACGCAGGCCUCGUCGCGGAACCUCAUGGCGGGGACCUCGGUGCGGAGCAUGGCGGCGGCAGGGCGCGCGGCGUCGUCGCGCAUGAUGCUCGCGUCAGGCGGGUCGCGGCGCGACGGCCUCCCGGCGCGCUCGUCGACGAUGCGCGGGACCACGAUGGCGGGCCGCGCGAAGGCGGCGUCGGUCGCGGGCGCGGGCGCGGGGCCGAGCCGGAUGUCUUGGGAGAGCAGGAAAGGGGGGGGGUCCGCGCCGGGGGCGCUGAAGCCGUCGGAGGUCAUCGACAUCGACGGCGGCCUCGCGGAGCUCUUCGGCGUGCUCGCGGACACGGAGUACCUCACCCCGGGCCCCGACCAGCCGCCGCUGGAGGACGGCACGUACCUGCCGGUGCAGGCGUUCCGGUCGCUGCUCGAGAAGCACGGGCUGGAGCUGAACCCGUACUGGGCGCAGAGCGUGUUCACGACGGCGCGCGAGCGCGUGAUGGAGCGCGGCGGCCGCGCGGGCCCGAUGCACUACGGCGGCGCCGACGUCAUGUCGCAGGAGGUGUUCAUCGAGGCGGUGCACAUCGCCGCGGACGAACUGAGCCGGCGGCCGCAGGACAUGAAGGCUGCGCUGAUCACGGGCGGCCGCCCCGACGGCCUGCAGAGCAUGCGCUCCAUGAGCAUGCGCCGUAGCAGGCUGGCGUCGGGAGCCAACGAGUCGUUCGGGGACGGGAGCGCGGAGGAGACCCCCCCCGAGGCGCCGCCGAUCCAGGGGCGCCAGCGCGUGCUGUCGUACGCGAACGUCACGCCGACGUCGGCGCAGGAGACGUCGUACGAGGAGAAACUGCGGGAGCGGCUGCGGGAUGCGUUUGAGGCCUUCGCGGCGUCGAGCGGGGGCGGUCUGGACGUGCGGGCAUGGACGGUGUGGCUGCGGCGCGCGGGGCUGGACAACGACCUGGUGACGGCGAUGGGGGACGCGGCGGCGGCGCGGACGAUCAUGGACCAGGUGGGGCGGGCGUCGACGGGGAGCAAGCUGGACUUCGGGGCGCUGGAGCUGGCGUGCGAGAAGGUCGCGAGCGCGCUGAAGAAGGACGCGACGUGGGUGCGGGAGCAGCUGUGCGACGCGUGA